AUGUCUUCUCCUUUAGAUACUCUUGAACAUAUGGAAUCGCAACCUGAGAACCCAUUCGCUGCAUUCGUAGACAAUCAGUUGAUUGCAAUACUCCCAACAUUCACUCUCGAAAACGGUGUCCAGAUUCAUCAGGCUCCCGUCGCAUACAAGACCUGGGGACAACUAAAUCAAGCCAAAGAUAACGCCCUUGUUAUAUGUCAUGCCCUGUCGGGCUCUGCUGAUGUGGAAGACUGGUGGGGCCCGCUCAUAGGGCCAGGAAGGGCUUUUGAUCCUGAGAUAUUCUUCAUAUUUUGUGGAAACAUGUUUGGAUCGCCGUAUGGGUCUGCUUCUCCAGUCACAAUGAAUCCCGAGGUCGGAAAACCAUACGGGCCAACAUUUCCUCCUACUACCAUACGUGACGAUGUUAUGGCUCAUAAAGUGAUACUGGACUCGUUAGGUGUGAAGACUAUACAGUUUGUUGUAGGUGGCUCCAUGGGUGGAAUGGCUGUAUUAGAAUGGGCAAUGUUUGGAUCAGACUAUGUGAAGAAUAUUUGUCCCAUUGCUACAUGUGGAAGACAUUCUGCUUGGGGUAUUAGUUGGGGUGAAGCUCAGCGGCAAGCCAUUUACAGUGAUCCGAAUUACUGUGAUGGAUACUAUUCACAUGACAAGCCACCGAAUACUGGCCUAGCAGCUGCUCGCAUGUCUGCCCUCUUAACAUAUAGGUCACGGCAUUCAUUCGAAUCUCGAUUUGGCCGAAAGACCAUGCAGCCAAAACCAUUAUCGGAGGAAUUAGGUCAGAGAGCUGAAUCUCUUUCGCAGUAUGAAACUGCUGCCAUGUAUCAUAAUGAGGGCAACAAGAUCCGGCUGCAUUAUACUAAUGGUAAAGGUCGGCCUGCUACAACCUCAGCCAGCAACUCUUCGGCUUCUGCAACAACAACGUCAACCGGUAACGGCAAUAGUACAGCUGGAAUGGAUACCGUACAAGCCAUAGAGGGCGAAGCUACGGGACUAUCAUCAGAUAAACCUACAAAUAAUAGUACUACUAGCAAUAACAAGAAGGACGAUACUGCACCACCAGCAGUAUACUCUGCUCAGAGUUAUCUGAGGUAUCAAGGAGACAAGUUUGUGAAACGGUUUGAUGCAAACUGUUAUAUUGCCAUAACUCGUAAAAUGGAUACCCAUGAUGUGGCUAGAGAUCGAGGCAUGUCGUAUGAGGAGGCUCUUAAUUCUAUAGUGCAGCCUUCACUUGUUAUAGGUGUCGAAACAGACGGGCUCUUCACAACAUCGGAACAAUACGAACUAGCAGAACACCUACCAAACAGUGAAAUCGUUAUUAUCGACUCGUUUGAGGGCCAUGACGGUUUCUUACUCGAGUUUGAUCAAAUGAAUCGACAUAUUGGAGGGUUUUUCAGGAGGAAGGCACCCGAGUUUUAUAAGGAACAUGAGGCUAUAGUGCUGACUGCUGAAGAAAUGAAGAGUAAGGCUAGUAAGACGGGGGAAGCGGAGGGGGAUGUGUUGAUGUGGUGA